CGGAGCGCGUGACGGAGAGGGAUCACCCUGCGACCCAGUAAACUUACGCGCAUCUGACCGCAUUCGCCGGAUGUUCUUAUAAAGACGAGUAAUUACUGAACGUCGGUAAUUCACUCGGUGUUAUGUGCGUAACUCUAUUUUCAUUUAACGUGUGUUUUGGCGUAUUACGUGCUAUGCUGCACGUAGCGAACAUGGAUAUUAAUUUUGUGGUCAAAACAACGAGGAUGCUUAAAAACCCCGCUCUGCGUUAAAAGAAAUGUAAAAAAAUUAAUUGUUACAAUGUAUCUUCAAGUAGCUUUAUAGGACAAUAACAAUCAAUCUGUUAUUUUACAAAGGAUUUCCCCUAAGGAUACAUGCAAAAUGGACCCAGGAAACGCCGAGUCGCUCUCCCCCCCGACAGCCGCAGCUCCCGGCCCGGGUUCACUCGGCUACUGCGGCACAUGCGGCACGUUCCUCGGGCCGGACAGACACCCGCAGCUCCUUCCUUGUUUGCACUCCCUAUGCCAAGGCUGCACGCUGCCGCAGACGGCCAGAACCAGCAGGAGAGAGUGUCCCGUGUGUGACAGAUCGUAUACGUCACUAGAGGUCACAGCUAACCGGUUUCUGAAAGGUCCGGCAGUGCAGUCAAACGCUCAUGAAGUCAGCAAGUGCGCUGGCUGUGAGGAUUUCGCGCUCAGCGGCUGGUGCGUGGAGUGUGGGGAGGCGCUGUGUUCCGUCUGUGUGUCAGCCCACCAGAGAGUGAGGGUGACUCGCGACCACACUGUUCUUCACCAGAAACUACCUACAGACUCUGUCCCAACGGUGUUUUGCUCCACCCACAAAGAGGAAGUUAUGAAGCUCUUCUGUAUGUCCUGCAACCAGCUGACUUGUCGGGACUGCCAGCUGACCUAUCACAGGAACCACAGAUAUCAGUUUCUCCAUGAGGCAGUAACAACUCAGAGGGAACAGAUUGAGUCCCUGGUAAUGAGAGUCAGACAGCAGAGAGAGAUGGUGAGCCAGAGUGUCCAGGACUUGGAUGGAAGGUUGCAAGACUUGACAGGCCUGAAGUCCAAGCUGAAGGACGAGAUGCAGGAAGCCCUCGUCCGCAUGCGCUACAUCCUCAUGAAGAGAUCUGUGAAGCUCUUCAAAGACGUGGAGGGCCUCUGUGGGAGUGAGGUGGAGCGAGUCACCGAGAGACAAGCCACACUGAAGAAGCUGAAGGCGAGAUUGACUUAUGUCCUGGCUUUCACAGACAAUGCCCUGGAAACAGGAAACCACAUCGCUCUCCUCUCCAACAAGCGUCAGAUUCAGGUAGAGCUGGAGGACAUUUUAUCCCAGAAUGCUUUGCCUGCCACGUCUAUGAUGGAUGUGAUGUUCCACUGCGACCAGGAAAUCUGCAGUCGGAUCACUAAGUUUGGCAAAAUUAUAACCAAGGAGGUGCCGUUUGCCCGCCUCAGCUUCCACUCCACCCCCAGCAAGGCUCCAGAGCAGACCCUCCACCCCCAUGGCUUGCCCCCCCCCCAGUCGUCCGCCCCUUACACCUCCACGCUUUCUUUCUCUUCAUCCAAUCCCUGCACGACAGCGGCCGUGUCCUUCCCCACCCCCCAGCCCCCCUCCGCUGCCACAUCUAGGGCUGCUUUCAGCUCAAACCCGUCGUCGGUUCCCCCCAGUUCUGCUCGCAGCACCCAGCCGGCCGCGUCUAAGGUGCCCUCGCCUUCCAUCAGACAUCCCGCUUCUUCUUACCAACUACAGAACAGCAAGAAAACCUGGUCUUUCCACAACUAUCAGCCCAAAAAGCCCAAACUUGCUCCCAGCUCGUCUCCUGCCUCCCUCGAUCCCUCUCACCGGUUUGGCUUUGGCUUGCAGCCAUCCGGCACGUCCCUCUCUGUCCUCCCGUUGACUCUCUCUUCACCCGCGGUGGUCCACCCCGUCACCCCCUCUCUUUUUAUCGUCUCGGACUCUCCUGCCACUAACGUCCUGAAGGUGAGCUCAGACGUCAAAAAGAUACGCCCCUUCCAAGCCUCUGAACCCAUCCACCCCCAAACUGCCCCUGAACUGUGGAACAUGGGCUUCUCCAUCCAGUCUGUUAGGUCCUUGAGUGACAAUCCUUCUGGCAAGGAUGAGAUGUCUUUCAAGAGUCCACCAUGCCUCCUGCCUGUGAAAGCUAUAGCGGACUCUCCAUGCGAGAGGGCUCCCCCUGCUGGCAGUGGGAAGGAGUCCGGUGUGGACAAACAGAGUCAGGCCGCAGAGAACGAGCCCACCUCUACUGUAGCGGAGGCCGAGAGCCUGCUUCUGGUUGAUGCAGGGGAUAUAGAGGAAAGCGAUCAGCGUGAGGAUCAAUCCCCGCGUUCAAAAAAACGACAAAGAGAAGACGGCACUUUCAGUCCCAGCGAUGUAGAAGGAAACGCACCCGGGGGGGCGGAGAUGUCCAAGGGAAGGCCGCCUGCCGCGGAGCCCCCUCAGAUAUCGAAUGGUCAGAAUGCCUGGACCCCGUCUAGUUUCCGGGAAUUGCUAGAACAGCCAGUGAACUCCAGUCUGGACAAGACGACGUUCUUUAAACUUCAGCAGCCGACCAGUUUACGGGAUUUACUGGUGACAGACAGGCAGGCCGCCUCCCAGUCUGGCUCGUCAGGCUCCGUGAGCAAACAUGACGGCUCUGAGGCGGUGGGCGACUCGUCGGAGCUCAUGCCACGUUUGACGCCCGUUUCACUGCAGCAGCAUCGGACGGCGGAUGGUGACGAUGGUUUGUCGGCUAUUUCGGCAGUACCGGAAGUCGCAGAGGCUCCCAGCAGGACCCGGUUUCCCCAGGUCUCCCUGUGGAGGCUGCCUAUCUCCCUCCCCUCCGCCGGUAACCCCCUACCCCAGUUUCGCCUGCUCCCUGGCUCCACCGAAAACAGGGUCCUGCUUCAGGUUACCGAUGAUGACCAGCAGUUCAUAUCGAUGAACGCCCCCUAUAUGCAAGGCAGCCCCGACCGUCCUGAGACGGAAUGUGCCGCUUGCCGUACCAUGGGGCGGCUGUGGCUGUGUGCAGAAUGUGGGAGGGGCUUUCACAGGGACUGCCACAUCCCACCAAUCAGCUCCAUAACCUGGGGUGAGUGGAAGUGCUUGUUGUGUCAGGACCUUUCCGACGACGAGGACCCGUACAGCACUGAGAGAGAGAGGAGGCCCACAUUAAGCCUAGUAGAUCAGAAGAAAUGCGAGUACCUCUUACUAACCUUGCUGUGCAAGAAAGACGGUGAUGUGCUGGACCGCUCCGCCCAGCUCUCCUCAAACUACAUAGACAUCUCGCUGAUCCGCGGACGGCUGCUUCGGAAGCUGUCUCCUUCCUACCGCACCCCCUCGGAAUUUGUAUCUGACGUCUGGGUCCUCCUGGACACCCUGUUGGAGGUUUCCGAGGAAACCGUCUCUGUUGAGAAGCUGCACAGAUGUUUCCAGGAAAACAUAAAUAAAACGUUCGGUAAGACACUUCACCCCUCCCUCCUGAGGUUCCCUGACAAUAAGGUGCCGGAGAGUCACGUGGACACAAGGAGCCUGGAGUCAAGUGAAACCCUGAAGAGGACACAGGAAAUGACGACGGCCGCCCAGGACGUGCCUGAGAAGAAAUGUGGUCAGGAUGAUGGCUGCGAGAGAGAAGACAACUAAGUCAUUGCUCUGUGUGUGUGUGUGUGUUUGUGUGUGUGUGUGUGUGUGUGUGAGAGCAAUUUAAUAAACUAAAGAAACUGUACCUUUGAUUAAGAGGUUUUUUGUUCAUAUCCCAUGAGGGGAAAUGCAAUUGUACGGUUGAGAAACCUUAAGUUAAGCUGUAAAUUUGUCCUUUAUAAAUGUAUGAAGUUUAUGAACGUAAUGUAUCUAACAAGAUGUCCACAACAUAUUAAAAUUGGCCAGUCAAUAAUGAAUCAACAGCAAUUUUAUACAAGCUGGAAGAGUCUUUUUUUUUUUUUUGGCUUGAGCGUAGACUUCCUGUAAAACGGUGUUUUCCAAUCCGGUCCUCAGGAACCCACAGACGGUCCAUGUUUUCGCUCCCUCCCAGCUCCCUGUGUGGACUGUUUGGCAGGGAGCUCAGAGGAAGCAAAAACAUGGACCAACUGUGAGUCUCCCAAGGACCGGAUUGGGAAACACGGCUAUAAAGUUAUGAAAUGUCAUUGAUCUAUAGAAAAAAAAUAAUGCAGUUUUUUUUCUAAUAUCUUGAAUGUAUCAAAAAAAAAUCCUUUGGUACAAAUUACCUCAUUUAACCUCAAACACAUAACAUUAUUUAAGGACGUAUAAUUCAAGUCUAUUGCACUUCCUAUUUUAGUGUUACUGGAAGUCCAGUCUUCCACUGGGCGUGAUGCUGGAGUUUGUGUCGCAUUAUAGACCAAGAAUCCUUAACGUUUCUUAAUGCAGAUACACAAAACCUAUUCAAGUUUACUGUAAAGUGUUUUGUUUUUUUCUUUAUUAAAAGUCUGUUUAAGUAAAAAGAAAAUGUACAAAUGUAUGGAACAGGAAUAUAACAUUUAAAUUGUUUAAACCAUGUUCAUCGAAUCCUAUUUAAGUAGUAACUGCAAAAGUAUAAAUGUAACAAAUGAAGAGGCUUGAUAAAUAAUGUUUCCUCUUAAAAGUACCUUAAUAUCCGUUUCUUUUUCACAGCUGCAGUGUUUUCUAACCUGUGUAUGAGUACCUGGGCCUAUAUAGUCAUUUCCUAUGCAACUUUAAGAUUUUUUUAUUAAAUGGAACAAAGGAUCAA